CGAGAAAUAGGGCGCGGACUGGCAACGUAGCAAGAGCCGCAAGGUGCUUCCUUUGAUAGCCAUUUCUAAAGGGGUAGAUGGGACAACCAUGAGGUAUGUUUUCAAGUAUGAGGCCGAUAUAAAGGGGGUCAUCAUACUCUUUCCUGGUGGACGAGAAGAUUAGAGAUCACACAAAUCAUCUUGUACACUCUGCUAUUGUUUCUCUAGGAGACUAUUUCGUUGUCUAGUACUUUUAGCAGUCGUCGUUUCACAACCAUGACUCCUACCCAAGGCCAGCAGAUCAACGGCGGAAAGCCAAAACACCUAUAUUACUCCCUGGACCCAGAAGACCCACAUAUCCGACUCGUUACGAUCCAGCCCGGCCUUUGGUCCGACGAGAUCCAUUGUAUCAUCGACGUCGUGCCAUUCGACUUCCAACAGAAGUACGAGGCGCUCUCCUACGUGUGGGGAGACCGACAGAACAAGAAGUUCAUCCAGCUCGACGGCCAAGCCUUCGAAGUCACCGAUAACCUAUGGCUAGCAAUGCGACGCCUCCGACAGCCCUCGACCCCUCGCGUGCUAUGGAUCGAUGCUCUGUGCAUUAACCAAGACGACAAUGUCGAGAAGUCCCACCAGGUCGGGAUGAUGGGCGAUAUAUACAGGAGCUGUACCAACUGCGUCAUCUGGCUAGGGGAAAGUACUGAAAAGCCCAAGGCAGACGUUCGAUCCACAACCGCCGUCCGAGCUAUCGAACUGCUAGGCCUGUUGUCUUCCGACAAGCACCUGCCAGACCUCCCGUGCUUCAAGGCAGUUAAGGGCCAGCGAACAGCUAUUGUGAAGAAGUACGAAGCCCACUUCGAAGCCCUAGGACAGCUCCUCGAUCUUCCUUGGUGGAGACGUAUCUGGGUCAUCCAAGAGUUGGUCCUGCCUAGCAAGGUCACCUUCCUCUAUGCCUCCGAGCAACUGCCCUACCAGGCUCUCGUGGGAGCGGUAGGGAUGCUCAACACACAUGCUGCGACCUGUUGCAAGUCACACCGGAUGACGCUAAGAGCGUUGGGCUUUGAUCCUCUCGUAGUUAUCCAGGAGCAAGUCGAUCCGAUCGUCUCCACGCGAGAGAAAUGGGCAAACCACGAGUCGACGACCCUGUCCCAACUGCGAAGACAGUUCUACGCGUUCCAGGCGACGGAGAAGAGGGACUUGUUUUACGGACUCCUUGGUCUCGUCAACGAUUGGGGUUCUGCCGGUCCGUUGAUUCCUAACUAUGGUAGCCCUCCACAUGUCGCCAUCACGGAGGCUGUCUUCAAGUGCAUAUCGGAGCAAGCGGGCAUGGAAUUUCUCCUUGGAGAGAGGUUGUUUCGUACUUCAGAUCCGGAGAACACCCCAGACUUGCCUUCGUGGGUCCCCGAUGCGUACUUCUGCUCGCUGCCGUCGCAGUGCGUGAUAAUUGAGCAGCGGAGACUCAUCAUGUCCUCAUCUUUUGCUGCCUCAGGGCCGUACUGCCAAGACCCUUCGGAGUUGACUUUGGGAAAGGAUGGGGUUCUCCUUGCGCAAUCCCUCAUGGUCGAUAAGGUCGCCAGAGUUGGAACCGUGUGUGAAGUCCUUGAUAAGUGGGAGAAGACGCCUGGUGUCUUCAAACAGUGGCUCGAUAUGGCUGGGCUCAGUCCUAAAGAUUGGCCGGAGCAGCCUCCCGAAGAAGGCACGCUAAAGGAUGUCUUUUGGAGAACCAUCCUUAACAACUGCGCCGAAGACGAUGUGCCAGGUCUCUCCUACCGAAAGCUUAGGACAGAGGACUACACCGAAUUGCGAAAGCUGUGGUUCUGGUUUCGGAUGAUCGGGCCUCUCCUUAGCCUUGCAUCGCACGACAUACUUCAGUCUAUGGCUUCGAAGACGGUAUACCAUAUCGUCGUGUGCCUAUGGCAACGUCGGCUGAUCAUCACGGAGGGUGGUAUGGUUGGACUGGGACCCCGAGAUGCGGAUGUUGGUGACGAGAUUCAUGUUGUGUUGGGCUCACCAUCGCCUUUCUUCUUGAGACCUAUUAAAGAACCCACUAAGGUUGGGGAUAGGCUAGAAUCCCUUUCUUCUUACACUGUCAUUGGAAACGGAUAUGUCCAUGAUAUCAUGUUUGGAAAUGUAGUGGAUGAUGAGACUCUGGGGGAUGCUAAAACUAUCGCGAUCUAUUAGUUUCGAGAUUGCCUAAAUCCCAUUUGCAAGAAAAGGGGAUGAGAGUGUUGAACUAUGGUUGACCUAAAAGAUAGGAUUUCAUGGCUUGGAUGUCGCAAGGACGUUUAGGUUAGUGGGACAUUCUGGUUAGCAAAUUCUCUUUUAUCCUUUCCUAUUCAUGAGUUAGUCAACAUGUCAAAUUGAGGU